AUGUCGCCAGGGUUCAGCUCGGAGUUUCAGUUGGGUUUGCAAACCAUUGUUGCUGCCGACGCAGAUCAUGACAGCAUUUUACACCUUAUUUCCUCUGUAGACGAAGUAAGUAGAUUUCCUUAUGACUUUGUUAAUAUACCUAAAGAACCUUCUCAAGCAUUUAACCCCAUUAAAGAGGAUUCUUUGGACCCUCAAUCGGUCAAUUCCUCCACCGCUCCCGAUGGCGGCGCAGCUUGCAGUGACAGCAGGAACUUGAACGAACCACAGCUGAAACAGUCUUCUUCUUUUUCUUCUUAUGACGAAUCAAAUUAUUUUCCAGAUCGGCAAUUUCGUGGGGAAGUUGGAGGAAGCGAUGCAAAUGGUGUUGCAGAUCCACCGCACCGCGAAAUAAUUUCACGUUUUUAUCGUCUCAAGACAGUCACCCACCCUCACCUCUGCACGUACACGAACAUCUUACGGUCAAAGAGGCGUCUAUAUAUUGUAUCUGAGCAUUGGUCUCUCUCUCUUCAGGAUAUAAUUGAUGCAUGGAACAAGGAAAGCAGUGCAAUUAUUAACAACAGCGACCCUAAGGAAGCUGCUUUCCUUGAAGGUGCUGCAGAAAGCGAAGGUCUACCUGCUGUAUCUGAAUCCAAGAUAGAUUCUUCUUCUUCCUCCUCCUCUCCAUGUCUAAGAUGGGAUAUAGAAAAGUUGCAAUUCUUGGCAACUGUUGCUGCACAGACCCUUACUGCCUUGGCGCACCUGAAUAGCCUGGGUCUUUCUCAUAACAGAUUACAGCCAAGGACGAUCCGCCUUGAUGCCCACGGCAAUGUACGACUAAGCGAAUGGGGUCUUUCUUACCUAACAGAUGGAGGAAGAUUGGCUCCUUCAGCUGAUCUAUACUCCCCUUUCUGCUUCCUUGCUCCUGAACAAGUUCUUGCAGGGCCGGAGGUCCUCUCUGCUGCUCCUGUCUGUACAAAGCACGAUAUAUGGACUCUUGGUGCAAUUCUUAUGCACAUUCUGCAGCCCCCUUGGCCGGUAUGGCCUUAUCCUCUUGACCUUGAAUCCAACAACAACAGCAGCAGCAGCAACAGCAACAAGAACAACAACAACAACAGCAGCAGCAACAGCCGUAGCAGCAGCAGUAGUAGUUGUUACCGCUGCAACAGUGACAACCGCAGCGCCUCAUCUGCAGAGAGCGACGCCUUGCACUCUUCCUCCUGUACAUCUUGUGAUGGUCUUUCUCCUUCUUGUGUUAGUAAGAUAAAGGCGCAGCAAGCAACAGAAAAUAAGAAGAAAAGAUCCAAUUCCUCUAUCCAAUUGGUGGAGGAGGCCCUAAGAAAUAUAACACAAUUAGUAUUAUUUAGUACCCUUGGCUUAGACUAUCAGGUGCUGCUGCCAUUAAGUCAUGCUGCUGCAGCAGAAGGUACAGAAGAAGAAAAGGUACAAUUUCCUCCUGCACCUACAGCCUCUGCCUUCGGUACAGAGCUCUCUUGUUGGCUGCUGCAGCGCAAAUCGUCACUUCUUUCCUUAAUGCAGAAGGCAAUUGGCUCCCCUUGCUACAUGAUUCCUCCUCGUGCUUACAGAGCAGCAAUUGCUGCUGCAGCGGGUAGAGGAGUAACAAAUAAGACGAAGGCGAGUAGCGCCUCUGAAGAAUUGGCCACUCCUGGUGCGGACCCUACUCAGCAGGCCAGUGUUGCCACGAGGGUCCCUCCUGAGACAGCAGCAACAGCAGCAACUACAGCAGCAACUACAGCAGCAGCACCAUCAGGAUCCUUAAAGGAAACAGAAUUGCUUCUGCUGCAGCGGUGUAUUGAAGGAUUCACUCAGUGGCUGUCUGGGAAGUAUUUAUGCCACCAUCAGCACUUCUGUUGGGGGCGGCUGCUUUCCUUAGACCAGAAGCAAGCAGCAGCAGAAGUGGCAGCGACAGGGGAAGCAGCAGAAACAGAAGCGGCAGGAACAGCAGCGGCAGAAACAACAGCAGUAGCAGCAACUGGAGGUGGAGCAACAGAAGCCUCAAUGGGAGCAGAAGAAGCAGAAACAGAAGAGGGAGCAGGAACAACAGGAACAGGAGCAAGUGCAGAAUCUGGAUCCUGCAGGUCCAAGACAGAAACAAAAUUGAAUUAUACAGAGGAGGAGAGGAAUCGUCUAUUGGAGGAGAUAGAGAAGAUGCAGGAGGUACUGAGGGCGUGCUUGACAGUACACCCCACCAGUAGGCCAACUGCAGCAGAACUGCUGUCGCUGCAGUGGCUGCAGAGGACUCAAAGGGAGCAGCAGCUCUGGUGUACCAGGGGAGCAGAAUCUCUUGGCUGGGUCGCCCAGCUGAGGGUGGAGGAGGAGCUGCAGCGAGUCCUCAACGAACCAGAGAGAGAAGACGAUGGUGCUGCUGCUUCUGCUGGUGCCCUGCCUUGGCUGCCGUAUUCGCGGCUGAGUCCUCCCCGUAGCACCUUGGAUUUGCUGGUGCUGCACCACAACAUCGGGUUGGAGGAGAUUUUCUACUGGUGGGAGUUACAGGGGGGAGACGUACAUGGGGCAUUGGCUGCUGCAGGCGCAUUUCGACCAGUUCCUUGCCUCUUUCUGCUUCCUCUUUGCUGCCUCCGUGCCUCAAACCAGGGCCAACAAGAGGCAUACAGGGGGGCAGGAGAGGGAGCAGCUCCACAGAGCCUGCAGAAGCGGCCAUUCUUGGUACGAGUUGAAUUUUUGGCUGCUUUUGCUGGCUGCUGGGGAAGAGAAGACGAGGGAUUCGACGACAAAGAGGAAAGAAGUGAUCAGUUUGGUGACAAGGAUGAGACAGGGAGGGCUGGCAAUGCAAGCCACCAACCUAUGUGUGGUUGUACAUGCUCCGGAGUUUUGCAUGCAGCAGCAGACACGUUAGGAGGCAGCGUUGGUGAAACGCUGCAGCAGCAGCAGCAGCAGCGGUCUUCCUGCCAGUCAGAAACCAGCAGCGCCACAGAGGAAAGUGGCACCUCCGGCAGCGGCUUACAAGGAUACCCCGUUGGUUCUGCUGCUGGUGUUGCACCCGACACAAAGGGCACCAUGCGGGGCGACUCUGCAGCGAGACAAACAGAACCAAGAACAGCUGCAACCGCAGCAGCAGCAGCAGCAAAGGAUGGAGAUGACGCCUUCUUCGUCACCGGCUUUGCUCAGGGCAAGAGCUGGAGGGAGGUUCAACUCUGGAAGGAAGGGGAUCUCAACGUCGUUGGUGUAUCUCUAGAUGAAACUGUCCGCGCGCUGCAAGAGGCGGACCGAUUCCCUGUCAGUCAAAUGCUGGAGAUUUGGGCAGCUCUUUUGGGGGUUAAUUAUGUAGGUGUCCUGCACGCAACGCGAUUCAUCUACGACGAGGCAGCCGGUUCUUUGGGCCCUGCUGCUCUGGAAGCCUUGCAGACUAGCGGAUUCUCACAGUACCACGAGUACCACGACUUGCUGGGUAGCAGCGAAGGCCGGCGGCGGCUGAUGACUUUAGUUGGAGUCACUCUGCAGAGGAAUCCGCUGUAUGUUUCGGUGCGGGGUAUGGACGCAUUGGCUGCCCCGUUGCUGUUGCUGUUUUAUGAGCAAGAGAACGUUGCCCUGGCAUGUCUGGAGAAGCUUCUGCAGAACUUCCAACAGCAUCUGUUCUCAGCGGACAGCGCCGCUUUCCUCAAGCGGCAACUCAUCACUUCCAACCGCUUACUCGCCUUUCUUGACCCACAGCUGGCCCUCCAUAUGAACAGACUAGGUCUGCACUCAGAUAUGUAUGCACUGUCAUGGCAUUUGACUCUCUUCUCUCAUGUUUUGCCACUGCAGCAGCUGCUGCUGCUGUGGGACACGCUGCUGCUGCAGCCACCGACCUUCGUGCAUUUUCUGACGGUCUGCGUGCUGCACUUCCUGCGGGUUCCUUUGCUGGGUUUCUCUCCUGAUGAGGAGUCCACAGCGUUUCGAUUGCUUCAGGCGUCGUUUGAUUUUGUGAACAUCCCCGCCCUCUGCGCAGCAGCAGUGGCGCUGCAGAACGCAGUACCCUGGUCGAUCACCCUCUUGCGCUUUCCCCUUGAAGAGAUGACAGACUCUGAAGCCUCUUCUGCUGGAACCUCCAUUCCAGAGACCGCCAAGCACACACAGAACACCCAGGAAGAAAGACAUUCGACGCCGGGGGGUGGCCCCUUGAAACGACCUGUGGAAGCCGACGUAAGCACAACGCCUGUUUCAACUCCUGCGGCGGCAACCGUACAGGCAGGCACGAUACACUUACAGACACCAACAGCCAAUGAAGAUUCUGCGAGUGCGGCACAGGCUCGGCGACCGCCUGAGGCUCAGCUGUUUUUCAUUGGAGACACGGAGCAGUCUCCGGAGCAGCAGGAGGGGCCUGGGGUAUCGGGCAAGCAAAAUAGGGUAGAAAGUGCAGGUGCUACUUUAGGUCACUCCAGCAGCACAUCCACCCGUGACAACAGCAAAGCAAGCAGGUACGGAGAAACAGCAGCCGAUACGCCAGCAGGGGAAGCAGGAGAAGCAGAAGCAGCAACAGCGCGGAAAAGCCCUAGCUGGGGGACGAAAGCAUUGAUGCGAGUCGUGACUGGACCUGCUCUUAUUCUCCUUGGCCCUCCCCGAAAGCCAUCUGCAUCGAAGGCCUCCCCAACGCAGUCAGGAAGCAAAGAGGCUAAGAUGGGUUAUAUGUUUUCCUUCAAAGGGAAUACAGAGGAAAUGAAUCUUUUCGAAGAGGCACAGUGGGCCAAAGGAGCUAAAGAUUUGUCUGCUUUGCUUUUGCUUUAUGAAGUGAAACCGAAUGACCCCAUGGAAGCUCUAUAUUCCAGCGAACCGCUGGCGCCCCGUUGGUGGGAUAAGAUGAGCGAAAUGUCAUUUCUGGCGGCGACUUCUCCUGCGUGGUCGGCUGGGGAUGCCACUCAAGGUAUUGACACAGCAGAGAAAGGAGGGGAGGGCCUCGCGCUGCAACCUCCAUGUAUUGGGGUUGACGAGCUGUUGCGGUUUUACGAGGAAAGCGUUGUACUGGACAUUCGUCCUCGGGCUUCCUUUGAGUAUCUGCACCUUAACAAGGCAAUCAACGUCACUACCAAGGACGCUAGCGAGCUCAUUGGCCUGCUUAGAGAGGGGCAAAGAACACUGCCUGACACUAAAGGCAUACACCACCAAAUGCAAAAGUUUGGCUCCAGCAGUCGACCUCUCAUAAGCAAGAUGACCCGGGCUGCCUCUGGAGCUGCUUCUCUCGAGGCCUUCCAAGCAGUAACAGCAGAGGCGGUGCACUCUGCUGCUCCUUCAGGAUUUAGUGCUGCAGAAGCUCAAGAAGCAGCACACGGGAGAGCAGGGGCAGGCCAGGUGACGGCUCCUGUUCGUUUUAAGCCGUGGAUAUCGGCUACGAUGAGUCGCCUACCUUUAGUUGUUGUCGUAGGGGACAAGGAAGAUUGCGGGUCGGGCCUCGCAAGGAGGCUGCUCACCGCGGGGGUGGCUUGUGUGUGCGUUUUGCUUGGGGGCAUCGACGCCCUACAGUUCGACGCACCCAGUGACUUUCUCACCAGAAAAUACCGAAAAUGA